AUGACUUCCAAAGACACCAUCCACUCCGCGUGGUACAUCUCUCCCACCCACCAAAACGCCAUCCUCACACACAGCAACACCAUCAAGACCCUCAUCGAACGGCUCCUCGACGUCGUCCCCCCGUCCUACCACCCCGCCAGUCCGAUCAAGCACCUCCGCACAGACACAGGCUUCAUCCUCAACAUGGCGUACAACUUUGGCGGCGAGUCCCUCUCCCCUUUUUCGGCAACACAGCCCUCGAGCAACGGACCCUCUGUUCAGCACAGUCUCCGCUGUUUUCUGCGCUUCUACGCCACGAGCUUCCAUGGCAGACAGAACAUCACAGCCGAGGCUUUGCACUCGCCGGCGGGGGAUAUGGCGUCGUAUAUGGAGGGGCUUGUUGAUGGGUGUUCGCAGGAUCUGGAGAAGCCGUGCGGGGGGAAGUGUGACUUGGCGUGCGGUGCGGUUCGCGAGGUGCAGGGGGAGGCGUUGCUGUAUAGUUGUAAUCUUGUGACGGGGUAUAUUCUGAGUUGUAUGGUGGGGAGUGAGGCGGCGGAGGAGUAUUUUCGGGAGCAGUUUAGGAUGGCGUGGCCGAGGGUGCAGGAGCUGUUGGGGUCGGGGGAGGAUGAUGAGCGGUUGAGGGUGCCGCUGAAGGUUGGGAAGGGGAUUUUGGCGCAUCUGUAG